AUUUUACACUAGGCCUAAAUGGAAAAAUUAUGUUUACAUUGCUUGAAAUUUACAUUAUGCGAACUCACCAGGAAUACAAUACUAGUGUAAAUUGAAAAGUGCCUGUACUCGUUUUCUGAUUACAAUUAUUAGGAAGCUGUCAGACAUUUGUAAUGUCAGCUGAUACACUUCCAAAGUAAUUUUUUUUGGACAGAGUGCCUUGCUUGCCUCCUGUGGCACUCCACUCUCCAUUGGCACUGACUUGGCUGGCUCCAUACGAUUACCUGCUGCUUUGUGUGGUCUUUUUGGCCAUAAACCAACAUCAGGUUGGGUGCCCUUGGACGGCUGUGGAAUUUUUCCCGACACUCUGAAGGACAGACGGGCCUUGGUGGCGGGUCCACUAUGUCGCAGUGUUGGGGACUUGGUCAUGUUCCUGGAAACUGUAGUUGGGUCUCGGGCAGAGGGUCUGGCAGCCAAGGUGGCUGCAACAGACAUCAGAAACCUCAAGAUAUGGUGGGCAGAUAGUAUGGACUCACCUUGGUGCCCCGCUACUGAACCAUCGUUGCGGGAGGCUCUUCACGCCGCCCGUCUCCACCUUGAGCAUACCUUUAGAGUGAUCACAUGCAAGUUUCAGUGGCCAGUGGACAUGGCCAACUCAGCAGUGAUCUGGGCCACCAAGCUUGCUUUUGAGUCCAAAGGUAAACCACCUCUCGCCAGCGACUUGAAAAACCGUGAGGGCACAGCCAACAUGAUGAAGGAGUGGCUGUUGUGUAUGUGCGGGCUUAGUGAACACACGUUUGCCACGAUUCGUCUAAUCUCGACACUGCCAAAUCCACGUUGUAAAAAGUUCAAUGAGCCGCAGUUGAACUGGAAGAAUGUGCAGAAACAAUUCAUGGAUAUCCUUGGUAAGGACAGUGUGUUGCUGGUGCCUGUACAUUCCAUGACAGCAUGCUACCACAAGGAGCCCCUCUUCUACUCCAUGAAGGGCGCAGAGUACUGCUAUAUCUUUAAUGCCACUGAGAUGCCUGGGACCACCGUGCCCCUUGGACUAUCUAAGGAUGGCCUACCUCUCGCCUUACAG